UGACCGCGUACGUGCUAUGGGCGACAUGCUACCAUAUUCCAUUCUGGAUAAUCGAUUUCACUAACCUUUGUCACAAUGGAAUAAUGCAAAUAAAAUAUUCAACCAGUCUUCUUACUAUGCCGAGCACCUGGAUAAAUAUUCGACGAAAUCCAUUUUUUAGCUACCGUGGACACCCAACCUUCACUGUUGUUCUUGGACCAUACAAACCAUGUACCACAGUAUACAUUAUCGCUAGAUUGAAAUAUGGUACGACAACAAGACAUUUGGGAAUAUUCAGCAUAUCAACUAGUUGUCCCUGUGACCCAUGUAUUUGCAUUGGUGAACCACAUUUUACCACGUUCGAAGGCAUGUGCUUUGAUUUUAACAGUGAUUGUAGCUAUAUUCUGAGCCAGACACUUCAACCAGAUGCACAUGAUUUUGAAUUGACCGCGAACCUUGUAUCCAUUGGAGGAGGACUUAGCGUAAUAGAGAGCGCAGAUAUAGUCGCAGAUAAUCACAUCAUAUAUCUUUUGGAAGAUGGAACGAUUGAGAUUGACAGUCAGAUGUGUGAUGGUACUGCCUUUGUUGUUGAUGAUUUGACGGUUGCUGUGGAGAUUAUUGAUCAGUACACACAGGUGGUAUUCUCUUUAACUGAGGGCUGGUGGGUCCUAUGGAUAAAGAAUGCAAAAACCGGUCACAAUGAAAUACGAUUUGAAAUUGAGGAUUACUCACCUCUUGUUGGAAAACAACGUGGAAUGCUUGGACCAAAGUAUGCUGCAAAUGCAACCCAUACCUUCGAGGGUUUCAUCAAGAAGAAUGGUGACACAACGCACAAUAUUCAGGAGUUUUGUCUCAGCUGGCAAGUGAUAAACAGUUGUCCAACAUAACGAGUCGUAUGUGCGACUUAUGAUGAAUACCCAGCAAUUUUACAAUUUUGCUUUGCCGCUAUUAUUUGGGGGAUUGGUGGUAAUCUUCCUGUUCUCUAGAACUUCUCUAUAAAAUGUAAUAUGAAGUGCUUGACACUUGAAGUAACAUACUUAUAUGUCUACAGUUAUGCAUUGUUUCGGCAAAAAUAAAAAAGAGGCACGUGUUUAUGAAUGUAAUUUCACUUUUAAUCCCGUGUCUUACGUUAAAAAUAAUAAAUAGUGCAGAUAUAAAUGCUUCAGCAAUAAA